AUGGUAAAAGAAAUAAAAGAAGCUAAAUAUUUUUCCAUCAGUAUUGAUUCUACUCCUGACCUUAGCCAUAUAGAUCAGCUAUCAUUUAUUUUUCGGUACGUUCAAAAUAAUGGCAGUCCAGUAGAAAGAUUUUUAGGGUUUUUACCCAAUUCUGGGCAUAAAUCUGAAGAGUUAGCAGAUGCUGUAUUUUUAGUUUUAGAAUCGCUUGGAUUAGAUAUAAACAACUGCCGUGGUCAAAGUUACGACAAUGCAUCUAACAUGUCUGGUAUGUAUACAAGACUUCAAGCUCGCAUUAAAGAAGUCAAUCCUUUAGCUAUAUUUUUACCAUGCUCGGCAUACAGUUUAAAUCUUGUUGGUAAAUGCGCUGUAGACUGUUGUAGAAAUGCUUCUGAAUUUUUUAAUCUGCUCCAAAAUAUCUAUAAAUUUUUCAGUUCUUCUACAAAUAGGUGGGAAAUAUUUCAGAACAAUUUAACUAUAACAGAAAAUGUAUCACUUAAAAAUUUAUCAGAUACCAGGUAG